AUGAGCUUAACAUCCUGGUUUUUGGUGAGCAGUGGAGGCACCCGCCAUAGGCUGCCACGAGAAAUGAUUUUUGUUGGAAGAGAUGACUGUGAGCUGAUGUUACAGUCACGAAGUGUGGACAAGCAACAUGCUGUACUAAACUAUGAUGCCUCUACAGAUGAACACUUGGUGAAGGAUUUGGGCAGCUUGAAUGGGACAUUUGUGAACGAUGUGAGGAUUCCAGAACAAACAUACAUCACUCUGAAGUUAGAAGAUAAAUUGAGAUUUGGAUAUGAUACUAAUCUUUUUACUGUUGUCAGGGGAGAGAUGAGAGUCCCUGAAGAAGCACUUAAGCAUGAAAAAUUCACAAGCCAACUCCAAUUAUCCCAAAAAUCUUCAGAGACAGAAGGGUCGAAGCAAACUUGCUCCAAAAGCUCAGAGUCCAAGGUAACAGACUCCACAGCUGAAGUGCACCACAAAACUACAGAAGCACUGAAAUCUGAAGAGAAAUCAGUGGAUCUUUCUGCCAUGCCUCGUGGGACACCCUUGUAUGGACAGCCAGCCUGGUGGGGUGAUGAUGAAGCUGAUGAAAAAAGUGGUUGUAAGCCAGAUAGCAAGCAUGAAGAAAAAAUGCAUGAGACGGGAGCUUCAGGAUGCAGCACAGAUGCCAAGCAAGCUGAGGAGCAGUCUGCAGCUGCAAGUGAAGAACUUUAUCCUUUCUGUAGGGAGCCAAGUUAUUUUGAAAUCCCUACAAAAGAGUUCCAGCAACCUCCACAGGUAGCAGAGAGCACUAUUCAUGAAGUUCCAACAAAAGACACACAAAGCUCCCAUGCAGCAGGUGCAGGGCAUGCUUCCUUUACCAUCGAAUUUGAUGACAACACUCCAGGAAAAGUAACAAUCAAAGAUCAUGUGACAAAAUUCACAUCGGAACAGCGUCACAAGUCAAAAAAGCCUUCUUCCUCCAGUGGUCAGGACCUGCCUGGGCUUCAAACUGUGAUGAUGGCUGCAGAGAGCAAAGUAGCAGAUUGGCUAGCACAGAACAAUCCUCCUAGAAUGAUAUGGGAACCAACAGAGGAGGAUUCCAAAAGUAUUAAGAGUGAUGUUCCAGUGUACUUGAAGAGACUGAAAGGGAAUAAGCAUGAUGAUGGUACACAAAGUGAUUCAGAAAAUGCUGGUGCACACCGUCAUUACAGUAAGCGGGCAGCACUUGAAGAACACUUAAGGCAUCAUCAUACAGAGCUGAAAAAGUCACACCAGAAAGUGCAUUCCACAGAAAAGCAGCAAGAACAAGCCGUUUUAAGUCAGACUGCCUUUAUGAUUGAGUUUUUUGAUGAAGACCAUCCUCGAAAGAGACGUUCUUACUCUUUUUCUCAGAACGUAGGAGCUCUGUGCCCAGAAUCUCCAUCUCCAACACCUCUUGCGCGAGCUGAAAGAGUGAAACCUACGUCAGGGGAGAAAGCAGUCCCUUCAUCUGUGCAAGCUAGCUCAUCACAUCACAGAGCAGUACAUGGUGUUCAUGCAAAACUUUUAAAACAAAAAUCAGAAGAACCCUCUGCUGCGUUACCUGUCUUACAAGCUGCAUUGUUAAGGAGUUCAGGAAGCCUUAGCCAUAGGCCUAGUCAGAACCAGGAGAUGGACAAAAAGUUGAAAAGCCAACAUAUUUCUGCUGCUACUGAAAAGGACAAUGAAGAUGACCAGAGUGACAAAGGUACUUACACUAUUGAGUUGGAAAAUCCCAAUUCUGAAGAAAUGGAAGCCCGUAAAAUGAUUGACAAGGUAUUUGGAGUGGAUGACAGCCAGGAUUAUAAUAGGCCUGUUAUCAACGAGAACCAGAAAGAUUUAGUAAAAGAUUGGGCUAUAAAUUCUGCUACAGUAGUGCUGGAAGAAAAAAGAGCACUGAGUACAACUGGAUUUCUUGACACAGAGGAAGGUUCUACUGCCCCUGGAAGUAAACGUUGGGUGUCACAGUGGGCCAGCUUGGCUGCUAAUCACACGCGUCAUGACCAAGAUGACAGCAGAUUGGAGUCAUCUGUGCCUGCUCCAUUAGAAAAUGACACAGACAUAAGUGAAUCUGGUAUUUCCAUUAGAAGUGCUGGUUCAGCUGCUUCUAUGACCAGCCAAGGUGAGAGAAAGAGGAGGACUCUUCCACAGCUUCCUAAAGAGGAGAAAGUGAAUGAAAGCUCAAAAGCAAAAACUACAUCUCAUCAGAGAUCAGAAAUAGGUGAAAAGCAAGACACUGAACUUCAGGAGAAAGAAACUCCAGCUCGUGCCUCAGAUGCUGACAGCAGAAGUAUAGCAAAGUCAAGCAGAACAAUGAAUGGUCUUUCGCCCAAAGCUACUGGAGACAAGGUUUUUUCUUUCCCCAGCUCUUCCAGUAAAGAGAAAAUUGAAACUAGCAGAGAAACUUCCAUGGUGAAACAAGCUUUAGCAAAAAUUCAACAAGAAAGAAAGGAGCAAGGACACUGGACACCCACAAAAUUAUCCUCUACAAAACCUGCUGCAAACCAGGUUGAGAAAGGUAGGGAAGAGAAUGCUGUGUCACCCAAAACUUUGGAUAAUCAAGACAAAGCUCCUGGACAUGUUAUAGAUAAAGCAGAAAUGAAGUUAGUGCAGAGUGAGGGAAAAAGAAGAAAAAAUGAGGAAACUAUUAAAGGACAAAGUCCUAAAGCAUCUGGAGGAGAAAAAAAGGAAUCUUCAAAACCAUUAGUGAGGCAAGGAAGCUUUACUAUAGAUAAGCCUAGUACAAAUAUACCUAUAGAACUUAUUCCUCACAUUAAUAAGCAAAGUGGAUCUGCUGCCCCUUUAGCGUCUGCAAACAGGAUACGUGACAGAAGUGAUUCAAUGGACACUGAUUCCAGUCUAGAUACAACACUAAUUUUAAAAGACACAGAAGCUGUAAUGGCUUUCCUUGAAGCUAAAUUGCGUGAAGAAAAUAAAACUGAUGAAGGUCCUGAGACUCCUAGCUAUAACAGAGAUAAUUCCAUAUCACCAGAGUCAGAUGUAGAUACAGCCAGCACAAUCAGUCUCGUUACUGGAGACACUGAAAGAAAAUCCACACAGAAGCGGAAGAGCUUUACAACCUUAUAUAAAGAUAGAUGUUCCUCUGGUUCCCCUUCAAAGGAUGUUUUAAAAUCUUCUGCAACAAGUGUCAGAGAAAAGAUGGAAAAGAAAACUAAAAGUCGAUCUUCGGAUGGUGGGUCUAGAGCUGAUGCUCGCAAAACUGUGCAAUCCAGUGGAAGAAUGAGACAACCAUCAGUAGAUUUGACAGAUGAUGAUCAAACAUCUAGCGUACCUCACUCUGCCAUUUCUGAUAUCUUAUCAUCUGACCAGGAAACCUACUCUAGCAAAUCACAUGGAAGAGUUCCUUUUGCAUCAGCAGAUGAACUUUUACAUUCCAAAAUGGAAGGAAAGUCAGCUAAGUUAAAAACCUCUCCUGUUGCACUUGGGCAAUCUAGUAAAUCUACCACUCUUCCAAGACCUCGUCCUACAAGGACUUCUCUCUUGCGCAGAGCACGGCUUGGUGAAGCCUCAGAUAGCGAGCUUGCUGAUGCCGAUAAGGCUUCAGUAGCUUCCGAAGUGUCCACUACAAGUUCUACAUCAAAACCUCCAUCAGGGAGGAGAAGUAUUUCCAGAAUAGACUUUCUUGCUCAGCCUCGCAGAACUCGACUUGGCUCAUUAUCAGCACGUAGUGAUUCUGAAGCAACAAUAACUAGAAGCACUGCUUCAUCUCGUACCCCAGAAGCUAUUAUCAGAAGUGGUACAAGGUUAACAUCAGCAGGAGAGAGUAGUAAAGUUUCGGCUAGAACUCGAGCCAAUAGCAUUUCUCGACUUUCUGAUUCAAAAUCCAAAUCUUUGGCUUCAGCUCAUAAUUCUCCCUCAGUAAGUGCAAGAUGGAGGCGCUUUCCUACAGAUUAUGCUUCCACCUCAGAAGAUGAAUUUGGAUCAAACCGUAAUUCCCCUAAACAUACCCGUCUACGUACCUCUCCAGCCCUGAAAACCACUCGCCUGCAGAGCACUGGGACAGCAGCUCAAAGUAGCAAUACAUUCAAGCACAGAAUAAAGGAACAGGAAGACUACAUUCGUGACUGGACUGCGCACCGAGAAGAAAUAGCAAGGAUCAGUCAAGAUCUGGCUCUCAUCGCACGGGAAAUCAACGAUGUAGCAGGAGAGAUAGAUUCAGUGACUUCAUCAGGCACUGCCCCCAGUACCACAGUAAGCACUGCUGCCACCACCCCUGGCUCUGCCAUAGACACUAGAGAAGAGGUAGGAGAUCUUCAUGGAGAAAUGCAUAAGUUGGUUGACCGAGUAUUUGAUGAAAGUCUCAAUUUUAGAAAAAUCCCUCCAGUAGUGCAUACUAAACCACCAGAGGGGAAUGGUCGGCCUAACGAUGCUAGACCUCAGCUGACAGAUGCCCUUGAUCCCCCAACAAUUACCCGGAGAAGGACUUGGAGCAGAGAUGAAGUUAUGGGGGACAGUUUGCUGUUAUCCUCAGUCUUCCAAUUUUCUCGCAAGAUAAGACAAUCCAUAGACAAAACAGCUGGCAAAAUCAGGAUAUUAUUUAAGGACAAAGACAGAAAUUGGGAAGAAAUUGAAAGCAAGUUACGAGCUGAAAGUGAAAUUCCUAUUGUGAAAACAUCAAGCAUGGAAAUAUCAUCAAUCUUACAGGAACUGAAACGAGUUGAGAAACAGCUGCAAGCAAUUAAUGCCAUGAUCGACCCUGAUGGUACCCUGGAUGCUCUGAGCAACUUGGGAUUCGCCAGCCCCGUCCUACCAGCUCAGCCGAAGGUGAAGGCCAGUCCCGUUUCCCAAAGUACCCGCCCUCAAGUGCAGCCAAACUGCCAGCCCGAAGCUCGGGCUCUUCGACCUGCCGCCGUCCCUGUUGCAGCUGAAUUUGAGAAUGCUGAAUCCGAGUCAGAUUUCAGCAUACAUUUCAACAGGUUUAACCCAGAUGGGGAAGAGGAAGAUGCCACUCUUCGUGAGUGACAUCUCAGUGUUGAUACAAAUACCUUUCAUGUGGAAUGUUUAGGAAUAAAGGAAAAUUAUAAUAUUGAUUUUAUAAUU